AUGAGCAGUUCCAAGAAGCCCAGCAAGAAGGAGGUGGGAAAGAAUAAAGACAUGAAGGAAGUCGAGGGUCUCGGUAUCAUGAACGUCGAAGUACCCACGCAGACGCAGAAGCCCGCGGGUAUGGCGAAACUUUGUACAUGUUACCACUUGUACCAGCACAAGAAAUCUGCGCGAGACCAGGAGAAUGAAGGAAAGGAGAGGGAAGCGAGACCGGAUGUUUGGGGUGUUUUGGGUCAUACGGAGGUGCGGAAGGCUAAGAAGUAG